AUGUCUCCGCCCGUUUUUGCAUUUUACCCGACUUAUAUGCAUAUAUAUACGCACGUGGAUAUAUAUAAAUACGAAAAACAGUUCGAGCAGUCUACGCAAAAAUUGUCACACCUUUAAAGUUUUGUUGGAAGGAAGAUUUAUAGAAAAUUGCAAAAUUAAAGAGAAAUAUAAGGAAAAACGGGGGGCAGGGAAAGAGGAAAUAGAGAUGUUGUUUAUGUAGUGAAACGUGAGUCCUAACGUUGCUUUGUCAUCGACAAAACGAGCGAUGACGUCUCGGUUUUGGAAAGACCGGCGAUCGGAAAUUCAUACGUGAGAUUUUUUCGUGUAAAUUGAUCCUCGAAGUGUCUGUGUACUAUACAAAAUAAGAUUUUCGGGAGGUACAGUGGGAGGAAGAGCUCGACGAGAGAUCAACUCUCGGAACUACCGGACUCGGGAAUUCGCACACAUAUACACAAAUAAACGAGAGGCACAUAUGUGUUUCUCAUCUCGUCGCGCAAAAGAUUCGGGGGCGUCUGGUCUUGAGGCUUUUUUUCUAUAAAUACGGCCAUUCUUUCGCGAUCAUUCGCGCCGGCGAGUCUCGCGAAUUUUUAUUCUAUAUAUACAUACUAUUUUUUUUUUUCAUUUUGUCCGACUCGUUUUUUGCAUCAAGCUUUUCGUAAUGUAGGGUUAUAUCGCCCGAACAAAUUUUUAAGACGUUCUCAAGUGAGUGCGUGUGUUAAACAAGUGUGUAUUUGUGUGUGUGUGUGUGUGUGUGUGUGUGCCAGUGUUUAAUUCGGGAUACCGUGCCGAGAAUGCCGGUGAAAGUCGACGUGGUUCCACCACCGCCUGCAAACUCCAAGCAGCCUGGAGUAACCAAAUCACUUUUGUAUAAUGGCUCAAGAUUUCAGGGAUCACAGAAAUCUAAGGGCAACAGCUACGACGUAGAGGUGGUUUUGCAGCAUGUUGAUGAAGAAAAUAGUUACUUAUGCGGCUACCUCAAGAUUAAGGGACUUACGGAAGAAUUUCCAACAUUGACAACGUUCUUUGAUGGUGAAAUAAUAUCAAAAAAGUAUCCAUUCCUUACAAGAAAGUGGGAUGCCGACGAAGAUGUUGACAAAAAGCAUUGGAGUAAAUUCGAAUCAUUUUGCCAAUAUGCCAAAACUUUUAAUUCUGACACGUUCGACUACGAGGCAUUAAAGGGAACGGACUUUGUAUUUAUGAGGUGGAAAGAACAUUUUUUGGUACCUGAUCAUACUAUCAAGGAUAUUAACGGCGCAUCUUUUGCUGGGUUUUAUUACAUUUGCUUCCAAAAAUCAGCGGCUUCUAUCGAAGGUUAUUAUUAUCACAGAAGCUCGGAAUGGUACCAGUCUUUGAAUUUGAGGCACGUACCAGAGCACAGUAUACAAAUUUAUGAGUUCAGGUGAAAAAAUACGCGAGGUCGCUCAACUCCGACUAGCCUUCCCUUCCACCCAUCGAAGAAAAAAAAACAAAAUAUUUUCAAGUCCUUUCACUUAGCACACAGAUCUCAUAAGAGUUGUUUUUCAAUCAUUUUUGUCUGAAUAUAUUUUCGUGAAAAAUUGUAAAUUCUGCCCUUAUCAAUCGUGAACGUAAAUACGUUUUUUUUUCCGUUUAUUAAAUAAUUUUGAAUCUUAUCGAUAUCACACUGAUUACACAGUUGAGCCAAUGACAAAGUUUUUUUUCCGCUGUUGACGUAUAUCAUUUGAAAACGAAAUGAUAAAAUUUGAGUCGCCAAAUUGGACAAAAUUGAUCGUUGCCAAACGAUAUUUAUCGAUGAAUUUUGAGUUUCUCGUCUGUUCUUGAUAUUGGAAAGAAUUACGAAUGAGAUAAUUGCAAAUAAGACGGAAUUCAAAUUUCGGAAACGUGAUGUUGAUGAGAGAGGAACAUAGUGCCUCGAUGAGAGUGAUACGCUUGUUUAUUAGUGAUUAAUCAUACUAGUAUUCAUUGUAAGAAGUUUUUUAAAGAAGAAGAGAACAAAAUAAAUUGAUGCUUUUUGUCAAUUGAGAGAAAUGAAAAGAGAGAUAAUCGCGUAUUUUUUUCGACCGUCUUACGUCGCAACGUUUUUUUUUUCAUGUUUACGUGUCACAAAUCACGGUGAGAUUGCAACGAAUAUCGGGAUUCAUUAAUGUUUUUCAUUCCUCAAAUAAUUUUCCUCGUCUCCGUUCACUCUUUUGGUCGCGAUUUCUCCGUAUUCAAUUGUUUUUAUCUUACCUUUACGUUAAGUGUCGACUAUUGUAUAUAGAUUUUCUUAGGAAAAUUGUGGCGAAUCACGAUCGCGACGAUUAUGUCUGAAUGAUUGAGAAUACGAAAUUGUCGAUUAGCCGAGGAAUACAAAAAGCAGCAAGUUUUUCAUUUGGAGGAUGAAAAUAAGAAUCGAGGCACAUCGGACAAACAUCGGUGAAACGGAGUAGACGCAUCAACGAAUGAAGAAACUGGGAGGAAAAAGGCAAAUUCUGUACAAAUUAAUGAUCACUGACAUCCUACGAGAUAUUAUGAGAUCUGUAUGCGACAACUCGUUCGCGAAAGGGCAAUGUGCAAUGUGGAAUAAGAAUAUCAAACACGAGUAUGAAUGUAAGAAUAGCCGUAUGAAAGUAAUUGCCUUACAGUAUGGGGAAAGAGUCGCUGAGGCGCCACGAAUGGCUUCGGUCGCGCUAUUUUACCAAGAUAAUACUGUCCACUAUGAAAAGAAGAAGCGAAACAAAAUACGAACGGACGAAAGACGAAAGAAACAAAUUUUUACAAAGAGCCAAUAAGUAAAAAAGUUUUUUUCUCAGCUAUCCAAUGAUCCCAGCAGUCGUAGAGAUUUGUGAGAAUUUUAGCUCUCGAACAGAUACGUAUCAAAUUUUAGAUCGUUCAUAUUUCAAUCUAAUCGUUAGACGACAAUUGUAACUCGAAUUUUUCAAGUUUCAACACAUCUUAUAUUUUUUGUUCAUGGACUUGCAUUAUCGCUGACUUUCAUAGUCGAACUGAAAAUUUAUAUUUUCAUUUUAACUUGAUAUCAAAUUUCCCCGUUAUUGUUCGUUAACUUUUAUUUUUUCUCAAACAUGACAUUUAUUAAGAAUUGCACACAAUUCGAAAUAGUUGGCUCUCAAUAGAACAAGAAAGCACCGAUAAUUUUAGUAUUCCCUUCGAAUUUGUAUGCAGAGACAAAGUUUCAAAUUUUUCACUCAGAAAUGCUGACGAAAUGCAUUACGAACGAUUUUGAUGAGUUGUGUAGAAUGGAAAAGAAAAAAUUCAUUAGCCACAACAGAUAAUCAUACGAUAGAAAGUCGCAAUUGAUUUAAAGAGAAAACGUUGAACCGGAUUUUAUCGUAGAGUUUCAAAAGUGAUAAAACAAUGUACGUAUCUCGGAUAUAUUUACAACGACGUACGUGAGUGCGAUUAAAAAAUGGAGUGAUAAAUGAGAUGUUUGAAGAGUAUAAUUUUGCGGACGAGACGAUAAAUAUCGCUGAGAGAGGAAAAAUUUCGAGAACGAAUGCAGUGAACGUGUGUGGAAGAUGGAUUUGGGAGAAGAAAAAUAAAAGAACAAAUGUUGAGCAGCGUUAUCCCUUAAAAACAAAAGAAAAAAAUCAUGUCCGAUAUAUCGAUUAUUCUGUAAUUGUAAAUUUAUUCCUAGUCUUAUUGUGGUCGAUACAUGUUUAAGUAUAAACAUCUGUGCUAUGCUGUGUUAUGCUCA